AUACCCAUUUCAAACUUUUUAAUUAAAUUUAGAGACCUGUUUUUGAUGAAUUAAACAACCACCUUCCUUGAUUAAGGGAAAUCUCUGCAUCUGAUAAGCAUUAGCACUCCCCCACUCUGCUACUUUCCACUAUUUUUCAGCUGGAUCUCAUACUUUCAGGUUUGAUAAUUUACUUCACUGGAGCAAGAAUUAUUUGGUAGAGUGUUCGUUGGGGUUGUGAUUUGAUUGAUCAGCCACUUCUGUUGUUUGGAUGGCAACUCCGGUUUGCAGCUGGUGAUUGGUAAGAUGAUUUUGGGUACAAGAUUUAGAGGUGGCGCAGACAUGAAAGGUCACAAGACGAAAUGUAGAGCAGCGAUUGUGGUUGUCAUUUCUAUAUGGAUUGGCCUUGCGGGUCUUUUUGGUUUAUUGAAACCAAUAUCAAAUGGCUGUGUCAUGACAUAUAUGUAUCCCACAUACAUUCCCAUCCCCAUGCCAGGGAAUGCAUCUUUUGCGAAAUAUGGAUUGUAUUUGUACCAUGAAGGUUGGAGAAAGAUUGAUUACGAUUCUCAUCUUAAAAGGCUUAAUGGUAUUCCUGUUCUAUUCAUCCCUGGCAAUGGUGGAAGCUACAAACAGGUCAGAUCCUUGGGUGCAGAAUCUGAUAGGGCUUUCCAAGCAGGUCCACUUGAAUCGGACUCUUACCGAGCUUCCCCAAGUUUGGAAGAGGGACAGAAUAUUGAUUUGACUGACAUUUUGCUACCCAGUCGAUAUACUUCCAUGCUUGAUUGGUUUGCAGUGGAUCUUGAAGGUGAACAUUCUGCAAUGGAUGGUCGGAUACUUCAGGAACACUCAGAAUAUGUAGUAUAUGCCAUUCACAGGAUUUUGGAUCAGUACAAAGAAUCUCGUGACGCUCGCGCAAAAGAAGGAGCUUUUAUUUCUGGCAUUCUACCUAAAAGUGUGAUAUUGGUUGGUCACUCUAUGGGUGGUUUUGUUGCUAGGGCUGCAGUGGUGCACCCUCACUUGAGAAAGUUUGCUGUUGAAACUGUUCUGACACUUUCCACCCCACACCAGUCUCCUCCUGUUCCAUUGCAGCCGUCCUUGGGCCAUUAUUAUACACUCGUGAAUCAGGAAUGGAGGAAAGGAUAUGAGGUCCAAACCUCUAGAACUGGACACUCCAUGUCUGAGCCUUCGCUGUCUCAUGUCAUCAUUGUCUCUAUUUCCGGUGGUUAUAAUGAUUACCAGGUUCGCACAAAGUUAGAAUCCCUUGAUGGUAUUGUUCCUCCUACACAUGGCUUUAUGAUAAGCAGCACUGGAAUGAGGAAUGUGUGGUUGUCAAUGGAGCACCAGGUUAUCUUAUGGUGUAAUCAGCUUGUUGUGCAAGUGUCUCACACUCUCCUCAGUCUGGUGAACACAAAGACAGGUCAACCUUUUGGUGAUGUACGACAAAGACUUGGAAUAUUUACCAAAAUGCUUCAUAGUGGAAUUCCCCAGAACUUUAUUUCGUCGAGGAAAUUACAACUACCGCAGAAUUCUGACCAUUUCCCCGAUCAAAAGGGAAAAGUUGAUUCUGGAUUGCAGGUUCCCAGGCUCUCUGGUUGCCCAAGUGAUAGCCAAUGGAGUGAGGAUGGACUUGAAAGAGACCUUUACAUCCAAACCAAUACUGUCACUGUUUUAGCUAUGGAUGGGAGAAGACGGUGGUUGGAUAUUCAGAAACUGGGUCAAGGUGGGAAAGAUCAUUUUGUUUUUGUCACGAAUCUCUCACCUUGUUCUGGCGUGCGACUUCAUCUUUGGCGCGAGAAGGGAACAUCAGCAUCAGUGUUUUCAACAGACAAACAUGUCGUGGAAGUCACAUCAAAAAUGGUGCAUAUUCCAUCUGGACCAGCUCCGAGGCAGAUUGAGCCAGGUGGUCAAACUGAGCAAGCUCCUCCAUCUGCUAUAUUUUGGUUGAGCCCUCAGGAUAUGCAUGGCUUCAGGUUCCUGACAAUCUCUGUGGCACCUCGCCCGACUGUUUCAGGUAGACCUCCACCUGCUGCUUCUAUGGGAGUUGGGCAAUUUUUCAAUCCCAAGGAUGGGGAGCAAGUAUUCUCUCCUUACCGGCUGAUUCAUUCAGUGUUUUCGGAAAAGGUUGUGAAUUUGAAGGAGGAUCAUCCUCUUACUCUCAAUCUUACAUUCUCUAUUAGCUUAGGCCUUCUUCCUGUUUCUUUAUCCCUUGAAUCAACUGGCUGUGGAAUUAAGAAAUCUGAAUUUGAAGAUCCAGGCGAUCUGGAAAUUAGUAGACUUUGUAGGCUUCGCUGUUUCCCGCCUGUGGCGCUUGCUUGGGAUGGGACAUCUGGUCUGCAUGUAUUUCCGAAUUUGUAUUCUGAAACGAUUGUUGUGGAUUCCUCUCCAGCACUCUGGACUUCUUCUCAAGAGUCUGACAAGACGAGUGUUUUCUUACUGGUAGACCCACAUUGCUCUUAUAGAAGUACUAUUCGUGUUUCUCUCACUGCUGCUGCUGGUAGAUUCUUGCUUUUAUAUUUCUCUCAGAUCAGUGGUCUUUGCUUUGCUGUUGUGUUUUUCGCACUGAUGCGGCAGGCGUAUGCAUGGGAACUUGAUAACCCGAUACCGUCAGUGCUAUCUGCUGUGGAAUCGAACUUGAGAAUGCCAAAGCCAUUUGCCUUCUUUGUCACAUUUCCCAUUCUUUUUGCUGUGCUCUUUUCUUUCUUAAGCUCUGAACCACUUCCUCCGAUUAUAAGUUUCUCUAUCGUCUCAAUACUUUGCUACGUUUUUGCAAAUGGGGUGAUAGUUGUGCUGAUAUUAGUUUCCCUAUUGGUUUUCUAUUCGGCUGGCACUGUCCAUGUAUUCAUCAGGAAACGGUGGCAAGUAUGGGAAGGGAAUUUCUGUUUUUCUUGUGUCCAAUGGUUCAUCAAUAUGUCAUCAACCUUUGCUUCUAAUAAGGUGGUAAGAAUUUUAUCGGUGAAUCCUGUGUUUAUUACAUCAUUGGUUGCCAUUGCCUUGGUGUGUCUUGUGCAUCCAGCGUUGGGUCUCUUUGUAUUGCUCCUAUCACAUGCUUUGUGCUGCCACAACGCACUGUUUAGUUUUUUGAUGGCUUCAUUUCGCAGCCAUGUCAACACCAAGGAGUUCUAUGAAUCUGGAAAUGAUGGUGAAACUGGCUCAAUGCUGUACAACAACAAGCAUGAUGGUGACAUUAGCAAACUGUUUCUUGUGAAGGAGACCCACACUGGUAGCCCGCAGUCAACAAGAAGCUACAGUGACACGCAGUUGGAUGUCUUCCACCACCGGCAUGGUUUGCUUCUUUUACAUUUGGUUGCAACGUUAAUGUUUGUCCCUUCACUUGUGGGCUGGCUUCAGCGAACUGGUAAUGGUCAGAGGUUUCCAUGGUUUUACGAUUCUUUACUUUGCACUGGCGUCAUCUUGCAUGGUUUAUGCGAUUCUAAGCCUGAAUUCAAUUUCUUCCUGUUUCCCAUCCCUGGCAUUCCAUUGCGGGAAAUCAGACUAAGUUUAGCUUAUCUCCUUGGUGGAUAUUUUUCCUAUCUUUCAGCCUUGGCAUUAGCACCAUACAGGGCGUUUUAUGCGAUGGCUGCAAUUGGAGUCAUUUCCCUUGCUUUUAGAAUCAUCCAGACAAGGAACCGAAACAAGGGUGAGACAUACCAUAGGAGCAGAAAGCAUUCCCACAGACAUUGACAUUCCUCAGUUGUACGUGAGAUGUUUUUUCAGUUAGGUACACACAGCAGCCUCGAGAGCUUGUAAAAUUCUGUAUUUCUUGGUCCUACAUGGAAUUUUGAUAGUUUAUGACAUGCUUUUUGUACCAUUCUUUACCACUGAUCUUUGUCAAACAUUAUACUGAUUUUAAUGUUUGAGA